AUGAAGCUGAACAAGCUCAAAGUCCGACCGAAGAAGGACGCUGCUCCUGCUCCUUGCGCCGCAGAGUUCGCUACCAUGCUUGCGUGUUGGGCCUCCAGCAACGACUUGAACAACAUUGGCGCCUGCAAGGACUCGGCGAGGGCGCUGCAAGAGUGCAUGUCUAGCAGGAAACCACGCGGAGGUGUAUCCAAACCAACGAUCAACUACCAUCUCGCGAGGCUCUCCAAGCAGAUCUAA